AUGGCGAGUAAAUUAUUCGGUGCUGCUCAAGGACUUCCAUGGAUUAAAUCAAUCAAAUCGUCGAAUGAUGAUGAACAUUCUGACCGAAUAAAUCAUCGUUAUACCGCAGCAUUCUUACUCGUAUGUGCAGUCGUUGCAUCAGGCAGUCCAUUCGUUUUCAAUAGAAUUACUUGUUGGGUACCAGCUCAAUUUGUCGGUGCUUACACAAAAUAUACAGAUAAUUAUUGUUGGAUAUCAAAUACGUAUUAUGUACCAACGAAUAGUACGGUACCGCAUAGUAAAGAAGUGCGUGAACGAGCAGAGAUCGGUUAUUACCAGUGGGUUCCAUUUAUUUUUCUUCUCUCUGCAUUUUUCUUCUAUUUACCACGAAUGCUGUGGCGAUCGAUGAAUACACGUUCUGGUAUUGAUUUACAAUAUUUAGUAUCGAAACAGCAAGUGAAAACGAUAACUUGCGCUAUUGAAAACUAUUGUGAACCGAAUGACGACGAUGAUGGUUUCGGUAAUCGAUGUUGUCGAAUAUUAUUAUGUACAAGUGGUAAACGUCUAGGAAAUUAUCUCAGUACAAUGUAUUUAAUAGUUAAACUGUUCUAUUUACUCAAUUCGUUCAUCCAAUUGAUCUUUAUUCACGUAGUCUUAGGUUUACCAGGUUGGUUCUAUGGAUACGAUGUAUGGUACAGUAUAUUUGUUCGAAAUUCGGUGUUAACGGAUUCACCGUACUUUCCUCGGAUAACAUUAUGUGAUCUACGUAUUCGUGAAGUUGGCAAUUUACACCGCUAUACUGUUCAAUGUGUUUUGCCGAUCAAUAUGUUGAAUGAAAAGUUGUUUUCUCUUGCUUGGUUCUGGCUGAUCUAUGUAUUUAUUUCCAAUUUGAUCGCGUUUGCUUUCACACUCUAUUACACAUGUGUACUGCAAAGUCGAGUGAAUUUCAUUCGUGAUCUCUAUCGUAAAAGCGUAUCGAAACCAAACAUGGACGAAAUUGUACUCCAGGCAUUCACACGCGAGUUUCUUAUGCAAGAUGGCGUUUUAAUCUUAAGAAUUCUCGAGCGAAAUGCUCAAGCUUUUAUUUCAACGGAUGUCGUAAAUAAUUUGUUAAGAAAUUAUACAACUAAACAACAACCCGAUCAACAACAUAUAUCAUCACCAUCUCCGCCACCGCCACUGCCACUGCCACCAAGCGAGAUACCAUUAAAAAGCAGUGAUGUUUAA